AUGGAGCAACAGCUGCUCCAGCUGCUGGCAGACACCCAAUCCCCUGCCCCCGCGACCCGCAACACCGCAGAAGUCCAAAUCCUCACCCUUUACUCAAACGAAAACUUCCCCUUAUCCCUCGCCUCCAUCGCCUCCCACAAGUCCGUCCCAAUCCAUCUCCGCCAAUCCGCCCUGCUCGUCCUGCGCACCUUCGUGCUCGCAGCAUGGUCCCCGCACCUGGAAGAGUUCAAGGGCCAGGUCCUCGUGAACGACGCGAACAAGGCCCAACUGCGUCGCGUCCUGCUCGAACUAGCGACCUCUGACGACGCCGGUGAACGCAAAGUGAAAGCCUCCGCCAGCUAUGUCGUGAGCAAGAUUGCCAGUGCCGAUUUCCCCGAGGAGUGGCCUGAGCUGCUGCCCACUCUGCUGCAGAUUAUCCCGAGUAGUAGCGAGGUGCAGCUACACGGCGCGCUGAGGGUGCUGUCCGACCUGGUCGAGAGUGGGUUUAGCGAGGAGCAGUUCUUCACCGUCGCGAGGGAGCUCGUGUCAACUGUCUUUGCCAUCGCGACCAACCCGUCGAUAAAACCCGUGCUGCGGGCCCUGGCUGUGUCUGUCUUCCGCGCGUGUUUUGAUACUCUGGAAAUGGUCAUUGAGCAGCAUAAGGUGGCCGUUAAGCAGUUUCUGGAUGAGGCCUUGAAUGGCUGGUCACCGUUUUUCAUUGCAACCAUGAAGGAGCCGCUUCCUGCGACCCCGACUGAGGAGGAGGAAGCUGGAGAUGGGCCUGGGCCGGAGGAGUGGCGGGGGAUGAUUGCGUUGAAGCUGCAGGUUGUUAAGACAUUGAUGAAAAUACGCGCUGUGUUCCCGGCCCUUCUUACCCCACAGAGCACAUUGCUCUUCAGCACCGUCUGGACCGAACUAUCCACCACACAAACUGCAUAUCAGGAACUAUUCAUCUUUGAUGAGAGACAAGGGCGGUCCGAGGACGCCGAUGGUCUGCCAUAUACACUCGAUUACUUAGUUCUCGAAGAACUGGACCUAAUGCAAGCAUUGCUCCGGGCGCCCCCUGUUAAAGCAGAGUUACAGAGCCAAUUACAAGCGGCAGGGAGCGCUGCAAGCACUUCUAGCUGGCUCCCAGAAGUCAUGAAACUAGUUGUGUCCUAUGCGCAGAUCACGACUGAGGAGGAAGGGCUUUGGGAUAUCGAUGUUAAUCUGUUCCUGUCGGAGGAAACGUCGCUCACGGCCAACUACACGCCGCGCGCUUGUGGAGGGGAUCUAAUCAUUAGACUUGGUGAAUGGAUCAAGGGCACUACGGUUGAUGGAUUGCUUGCUUAUACCAAUGCGCUUUUCUCGGAUUCGACCUCGUCGUGGAAACUACGUGAAGCUGCCCUUUUCAUCCUAACGCAGCUCCUCCGCGACUUUAACGACGUAGACCAACAUAUUUCCCUUGAGGCAGCGAAUGGAUGCAAUGAAUUCGUCCAGUUCUGCAUGGCACAGGAAGAUAUUUUCCUUCGAGCCCGUGGUUACCUUGUUUCAGGAAUAAUUGCAAGGACCGCCGGCGAAGGAUUCCAUCAGACUGCGCUAUCAUACCUUGAGGCGUCCAUCAAGGCCAUCACGGAGGAUCCAUCAGAAAUCGUCAAAGUCUCAUGUAUCCGAGUCCUGCAGGACUUCCUCCCCGCACUUCCAUCAUCCAUGACAAAACCCCUGCAAAUUCCUGUCAUCACGACCUUGUCGGACUUCCUGUCUUCCCGCGACUUGCGUGAGAUGUUAGACAGCGACGAUCUUAAAUUUACCCUGCUUGAUACCCUUCGUGAUGCGAUUAUGGUCAACCCAAGCGUUGUGUUAUCGUCUAUUGCCCUUGAUGUUCUUUUCAACAUCGCCAGUAACGGGACAAGUAACUUCCAGCUGGCAACAAUAGUCACAGAGACCUUUGAAGAUGUUGUCCAAUAUAUCUCUCAGCAGGGAGCUGAGGCAUACGUCCGCCUUUGCGAAAAGGUGUUGCCGUCCUUGACCGGCGCAAUCGAUGUUGGAAACAUGACCCAUGAAAACGCCCUCACAACCCUAGCUGCAGACCUUAUCCGCGCUCUGACUGAAUACGGCCUCGAGCCACUCCCACAAGGGCUUGUUGCAACAAUAAUGCCUAAACUCAACCGCCUCCUCCUCAGCUCGACAGAAAGCAACGUCCUCCCCGCCGCCACCAUCGCUGUGAAAAACAUGCUCCAGCACGACUCCACCCAAUUCCUUAGCUGGCAGGAUCCACAAACAGGCAAGGGUGCCGUCGAGGUCGUCCUGAUCAUCAUCGACCACCUCCUCAGCCAAUCUGUCGACGACAACGCAGCCGAAGAAGUUGGCGGCCUCGCCGCGGAGCUCGUCGAGAAAGCCGGCUCCGAGAAGCUAGGCCCCUAUCUAACCCAACUCCUCCAUGCCGUCGCGCACCGUCUCGCCACCGCCCAAAAAGCACAAUUCAUCCAAUCGCUAAUCCUCGUCUUCGCACGGCUCUCCCUCAUCAGCGCGCGAGAAGUGGUCGACUUCCUCUCCACGCUGACGAUAGAUGGGCAGUCCGGGCUCGCGGUGGUGUUUUCCAAGUGGCUCGAGAACAGCAUCACGUUCGCGGGCUACGACGAGAUUCGGCAGAACGUCAUUGCGCUGUCGAAUAUAUAUCAGCUGGAUGACCCUCGUGUGGCGCAGGUGCAGGUUAAGGGGGAGUUGAUUAUCCAGGACACGGGCCGCAUUAAGACGCGCUCGCAGGCGCGUAGGGAUCCGGAUCAGUAUACCAUUGUCUCUGCGCCGUUGAAGAUUAUCAAGGUCCUUGCGGAGGAGCUUGUGUCCGCGACGGGCAAUCGGGAUAUGGAUGCUGCUGCGGCCGGGGCGGUAGCUGCGGGUGUAGGGAAAACUGGAGACGAUGAAGUGGAAAGCGACGAUGAGGAGAAUGACGAUUGGGAAGACAUUUCGGGACUGGGCAAUGUGCUCGAUCUGGGCUUGGGGAUUACGAAGCAAGAGCUCAUGGGGUAUUUGGGUGAGGAUGGCGGGCCGGGGGCCGGGACGGCGAUGAGACAGCGAGAUGAUGAGACGUUGGCGUAUUUGAUGGGGUUCUUCGGGGAAGUUGCGCCUACGCCGAGAUUUCAGGAGCUAUACUUUCAAGCCUAUACGCUGUCUGCCUUCACAAUUCAAUCUCACGCCGACAUCCCGGAGCGGACUGGGAAGCUGGGUAAGCGCAAGGCUUCCGCAGGCGAAGAAGAUUCAGAGCGGCAGCAGUAUACUCUUCUGCAACAUCCCGAGAAGAAGGUUUUGAAGAACGGCACAAUGCAGAGCAGUCCACGGGAAAUCGUGGACAAGUCCACGCAUCCGGAGAUCGACGAGUCGUUGUAUAGUCGGCAACUAUACGUCCUCGGCCAUGAAGCUAUGAAGCGGAUGGGAUCUUCCAAUGUUCUCAUUGUGGGGCUUAAAGGCUUAGGUGCUGAGAUCGCCAAAAAUGUCGCCCUCGCCGGUGUCAAGUCCCUCACUCUUCACGACCCUACCCCUGUCGCCAUCUCAGAUCUCUCCUCUCAAUUUUUCCUCAGCCCAGAUGAUGUUGGAAAAUCCCGCGCCGAAGCUACCGCCCCUCGAGUCGCGGAAUUAAAUGCAUACACACCCGUCACCAUCCACGGCUCGAAAAACUUGACGGACGAUUUAUCCCAGCUUAACAUGUACCAAGUUGUUGUUCUAACGUCCACCCCGCUGCGAGACCAGCUGGCUAUUGCUGAGUAUUGCCACAAGAACAAAAUUUUUGUCAUUAUCACGGAUACCUUUGGCCUGUUUGGCUACAUCUUCACCGACUUUGGCGAGAAUUUCACAGUAGUUGACGCGACUGGGGAGGAGCCCACGAGCGGUAUUGUUGCUGGAAUUAACGAAGAAGGCCUAGUGUCUGCGUCCGACGAGGCUAGGCAUGGACUAGGGGAAGAUGACUAUGUCACCUUUACUGAAGUUAAGGGCAUGGAGAAACUGAAUAACUCUGAACCACGUAAAGUCGACAUUAAGGGCCCAUAUACCUUCUCUAUCGGAGAUGUCUCUGGACUGGGGACUUAUCAAAGUGGCGGUAUCUUCACUCAGGUCAAGAUGCCCAAGACGCUAAACUUCCAGUCCUUUGAGAAACAGCUCAAAGAUCCGGAAAUUCUAAUUACCGAUUUCAUGAAGAUGGACCGACCGGCCAAGGUCCACCUUGGUGUUCAGGCGCUCCACAGGUUUGCAGAGGCUCACGGUGGCAAGUUCCCACGACCCCACAAUGAGAGCGAUGCGCAGGAGGUCAUCAAGAUCGCGUCUAGCAUUGGAGGCGAAGUUGAUGAAGAUAUCCUUCGGGAGCUCAGCUACCAGGCACAGGGAGAUUUGAGCCCAAUGACAGCUUUCUUCGGUGGUCUUGCUGCACAAGAAGUGCUGAAAGCCGUCUCAGGCAAGUUCCAUCCCGUCGUUCAAUGGUACUACUUCGACUCCCUCGAAUCCCUUCCCACAUCGGUCACGCGAUCUGAGGAAGAAUGUGCCCCCUUGGGAACCCGAUACGAUGGUCAGAUUGCGGUGUUUGGAAAGACCUUCCAGAAGAAGAUUUCCGAAGUUAAGGAGUUCCUUGUUGGGGCUGGCGCAAUUGGAUGUGAGAUGCUGAAGAACUGGGCAAUGAUUGGUCUUGCUACCGGCGAGAAUGGUAAAAUCACGGUCACGGAUAUGGAUCAAAUCGAAACCAGCAAUCUAAACCGUCAAUUCCUGUUCCGCCCUAAGGAUGUUGGCCAGCUGAAGAGUGACACGGCUGCGAAGGCUGUGCAGGCGAUGAACCCUGACCUCCAGGGUAAAAUUGUAUCCUUGCGAGAUCGCGUAGGCGCCGACACUGAGCAUAUCUUUAGCGAGGAUUUCUGGGAACAGCUGGAUGGAGUAACCAACGCUCUGGAUAAUGUUGAGGCGCGAACAUAUAUUGACCGACGUUGCGUGUUUUUCCAAAAGCCACUGCUGGAAAGUGGAACGUUGGGCACCAAGGGAAAUACCCAGGUUAUCCUACCUUGGCUCACGGAGUCAUACUCUAGUUCCCAGGAUCCCCCCGAACAGUCUUUCCCGAUGUGCACGCUGAGGAGUUUCCCCAACCGGAUAGAGCACACGAUUGCAUGGGCGCGAGAGCUCUUCCAGACAAGCUUCGUCGGGCCGCCCGAAUCUGUAAAUUUAUACCUUACCCAGCCGGACUACAUCAAGACGACCCUGAAGCAGUCUGGCAAUGAGAAACAGACGCUGGAGAUUCUCCGCAAUUUUCUGGUGACAGACAAGCCUCUCAGCUUCGACGACUGCAUCGUCUGGGCGCGCCACCAAUUCGAGGCCAACUUCAACAACGCGAUUCAGCAGCUCUUGUAUAACUUCCCUAAGGAUUCUGUUACGUCAAGUGGAACCCCCUUCUGGUCAGGCCCCAAGCGUGCGCCUACCCCCCUAAAAUUCGACGCCACGAAUCCUACGCACCUUUCAUUUAUCGUUGCUGCUGCAAACCUCCAUGCAUAUAACUACGGAAUUAAGAAUCCUGGAGCGGAUAAGGGCCAUUAUCGAAAAGUUCUAGAUGACAUGAUCGUUCCCGAAUUCACCCCCAGUUCCAGUGUUAAAAUUCAAGCCAGUGACAAUGAACCCGACCCGAACGCGCAGUCAGGUUUCACUGAUGAGGAAGAACUCAAGCGUCUCAUCGCUGCUCUCCCAUCACCUAAAUCUCUGGCAGGAUUCCAAUUAGAUCCCGUCAUAUUUGAGAAGGAUGAUGAUAGCAACCAUCACAUUGAUUUCAUUACAGCAGCCAGCAACCUACGCGCCGAGAACUACGACAUCCAACCAGCAGACCGACACAAAACCAAGUUCAUUGCCGGCAAGAUCAUCCCGGCCAUCGCCACUACAACAGCAUUGGUCACCGGCCUCGUGAUCCUCGAACUCUACAAGAUCAUCGACGGCAAGCCGCACGCCGAGCAAUACAAGAAUAGCUUCGUCAACCUCGCCCUGCCAUUUUUCAGCUUCAUCGACCCGAUCGCCAGCCCCAUGGACAAGUACCACCACAAGGGCCGCGAGAUCUGGUUCCACAAGCUCUGGGACCGCUUUGAGGCGGAUGAUGUCGUGCUUCAGGACUUCUUGAAGAGCUGCGAAGAGGAGAAUGGACUGGAUAUUGGCAUGAUUAGUUCUGGGGUUAGCUUGUUGUACCCUGUUUUCAACAAGGGGCCGGACGUGAUGAAGAAGCGGCUGCAAAUGAAGUUGAGCGAGCUCGUCCAAUCCGUCAGCGACAAGGCGAUCCCUGAGCAUCAGAAAUAUGUCAUCUUCGAGUUUUUGGCACGCGAUGAUACGGAUGAAGAUGUCGAUGUACCGUAUGUUAGCGUGAAGGUGGACAAGCCGGCGAAGACGGAUACUGAGAUGAAGGUUUAG